AUUCAUGUGAACAAACAAAAUGGUCGUAGUGGUCAAGGUCCUGUACUUCGCCGCGGCGCGCGAGAUGGUUGGACGGCGGGAAGAGAGUCUGGAAUUGCAGCCUACGAACGAAGAUGAACGUGUCACGACAGAAACACUUCGACGUAUCUUGUGUGAGAAGUACCCUCGCGCGGCGCAAUACUUGAAGGACAUCACAAUCGCGAUCAACUUGGAGUACGUGGCUGAAGGCGAUGUGCGGGAAAUAGCUCAUGGCGACGAAGUGGCGUUGAUUCCUCCAAUUUCCGGUGGCUAAAUGGUCGUCUUCAAGACUUCUUGGACCGACUUAAAGUAGACUGACAAACGAUGACGCAUAAACGCGUUGUAUUGAUUGACUUUGUUCGCAUCAUGCAGUGAUGUCACUGCGUCCACAACAGCGUCACUGGCGCUUCGAUUGUGAAAUUAACUAUGAAUGUCACAAGUGAGAUUGGUU